CAGAAGCCACUUAGGCAAUUGACGAUUGCCAGUUUAGCAUCUUGGACACCUGAUUUUAUUUUUUUUUUUUUUUUAGUGUGAACUAUUAAAAAAAAUGAACUGUAAGUUGACCUAUUUUAACAUAAUGGGCCUCGGAGAGUCAGUCAGGUUUAUGCUAAGCUACCUCGGAAAGGAAUUCGAAGACAGCAGGAUAGAAGAUUAUAAUAUUUGGAUGACACAGUAUAAAUCAAAAAUGCCAUUUGGAAAACUACCUCUUUUGGAAAUUGACGGUAAACAGACUCAUCAAACUUUAGCGAUUUGCCGAUAUCUUGGACAGGAAGCUAAUCUAGCAGGGGAUAAUCAAUGGGAAUCAUUUCAAAUUGAUAUAAUAAUGGAUACAUUUUCAGAUUUCAGAGUCGCCGUCUGGUCGUAUUUCUACUGUAAAGACGAGGAUUACAAAAACAAAAUAAAAAGUCAAGUUUUAAACGAAACGGUGCCUUAUUAUCUUGAACGAUUUGAUAAAAUUAUCGAAGAAAAUGGCUACUUGGCAAAUGGAAAGCUUUCUUGGGGUGAUAUAUAUUUCGUCGCAGUCUUGGGAUAUUUCAACUUCAUAACCGGAUUAGAUAUCUGCGCUAAGUACACAAACAUCAAGGCACUCAGAGAUAAAGUUCACGAUUUGCCCAAUAUUAAGAAAUGGUUAGAUAAAAGACCAGAGAGUGUUUGGUAAUAAAAAAAAUAUUACAUCAAUUGGUAGUUGAUAUGCGUAAAUGUUCGGUUCGUAUAUUUCCAUUUCUAAUUUGAUCACUGUCUCGAACACACACAUAAAUUUUUUUUAAAAUGAUUAAGUUGAUGGUGGAUUUUAUUCUGCAUGUCAUUUCUUAGCUUUCCUCAUUGAAGAUAACUCACUAAGCCGCAUUUAAAUAUCUAAACUUGCAAGAACUCUCUGUAAAUCAGUAUUUGUAUUAAGUAUUAAAAAAACUAUCUCAUAUUUUGUGUAUUGAAUAUGUUUUGAAAGAAUGGUUUUUAAUAUGAAAU